GAGCCGUGGUCACGUGACAUGAAUUCCUUGUUUGGCGAAGCUUUGUAAAGGUAUACAAGACGGUUCGAGGUGAACCGUCCUCUAAUUUCAAAACUGUGUUUCUUUUGUAUUCAUUAGUUUAACAGAAUGAAAGCUGGAGAUUGUAAUUGAUUCUUCUGGCUGAUAGCCUCGAAAAUCAAGCGGACAUGGGUUGCUGUUACAGCAAUGAGACCGAGUCUAUGCAGCAGGAUGGGCUAAGGAAGCCUCUUAUCCAGCAUCCAAACCCAGACAGCAGAGCGAUUGAUAGCAUGGAGCCCCCAUCCUGCCCAACUGAUGAGCAAGCCCUCCUCUCGUCCAUCCUCACAAAAACAGCGCUGAAUAUAAUUGAUGUCUCAGCUUCAGGCUCCCAGGGCAUGGAACAGCAUGAAUACAUGGAUAAAACCCGACAGUACAGUACCAGGCUGGCAGUAGUAGGUGAUGGGCUGUCCCAGAAAAAGCCUGCAGCUCUCCCAUCCCUCACCAGUCAGCCACACAAAGUCCUCGCAAGCGACCUUAUUUCAUAUCUGGACCUGCAGCAGGUUUCAAAGAUAGCAGCCUAUGCACACAGUGCAAUUUCCCAGAUAAAGGUGGAUGCAAAAGAAGAUUUGGUUGUGCAGUUUGCCAUCCCCUGAGGGUGCUCUAUAGUCCUCUCUUUUCAUAUUCUCCCUCUCCCUCUCUCAAAUGGUUCCUCCCACACUCUAACUGUAAAUAAUCUGUAAAUAAUCCCCCAUCUCUCUCCCCACCAUCCUGGACAGCAGUCAACCAAACUCUUUAAAGCUCAUGGCCAACAGAGCCAAACCAAACAAAACUUUUAAGCACUGAUAAAGCUACGACAAUGUUCAGAAUGUCUUUUUUUAAGUUAUGAACAAAAUUGCAUAAUUCAAUGCAACAUCCAGUUCUGUGUGUGUGUGAGAGUGGUAUUGUGCCCAUCACCUUACUCAGAAGUGCCUCAUGAUUCAAUAAAGGAUGGUUGUGUGUGGAGAGGGGCUUUCUCAAACCCCUAUCAUCAAGAGUAAGGUUGAAGCGAGACUGCAGUGAGAGAAUAUUCUACACGUGAGUAAACCAUCAAAUAUAGUGGCAGCAGAGUGACUGAAAAGAGUGUUGGCACAAACCUCAACCCAGCCUCAUGAUUGAUCCUCCUCUCAUUACAUUGGCAGUCCAUGAAGUCAUGUAUUAUAUUGACUUGGCUUGGACAGGGUGUGACUCUGAACCUCAGGUAGCCUUUGCUAUGAAAUGUGAUGAAAGGAAGGCACUGUCAAGCUGAGUAUUUUAAUGUGGCAUUCGGCCUUCAUCAGUUAUGGUCUAUACAUUAAAAAAAGAUUAGCAGACACAUUCACAAAACAAAAAUAAACAUGAAUUUUAAAUUUCAUUUACAGCUGGUUAUGUACUGGAGAAGUUCAAUUUAAGAGUAUAGCAGCAAGGCCUCCCUGGGACCUCCAACCUUUGAGAUAUCAGUCCUGCUCCUUAGCCAUUCAUUUACUUCGAAGGGUAUGUACUGUACUGGAGUGUCACUGUGCCUUACAGACUCUGACAGUGGAGAUGUGCUUUUGAAGCUUCACCCUCUUAAUCCCAGUUGAGUUGCACGACACAAAGAAGAACAUAUCAUAACAUAGCAAAAGAACAUGAGAAGAACAAGUCAGAAGUCCAGGUCAGAGUCUGGGUAGAACACUAAAUUCAAAGAGACCAUUUGAAGGUCAACAUCCCAAGGUGAUCAGUCAUACAAAUAUUUUGCAGCAUAAAAUAUUUCAGGCCAAAUGUUACCUUAUCACUAUGGGCAUUCAAAUUUUAUCAGCUGUAAAAAACAGUUUUAGCUACUGUUUUCAUUUUUGUGUAUAAUAUACUUAUGUUCUUUCUGUUCUGUUUCAAGGACAUUGCCACUGCAGAAGCAAGCACUUUUUUGGUGUGUUAAAGGGAAAACAUACAGCAGAUAAAUAUCCUAACCAUACAUUUUAUUUUAUUGCAGUAUGCAUGUUUGAAUGUGAAGUUCAUUUACCUUGUUCACUUCUAGAACUAGUACUAAAAUGUGUUUAUUGAAAUUCUCUUGGUAGUUCCAGUGCAGCGGCAUUAUACAUUGUUCAAGUGUUUUGUCUUUCAAUGUGUAGGUCUUAAAUGUUGGGAGGUGCGUGAAACAAUCUUAAGUAUCGUUGGGAGUUGAGAGGAGUUAUGACGUCUGUGAGUGGAGCUGCAAUAUUCUGUCACUUCAGCUUGUAUGAAACAAUCAAAAUAAUUUCCCCUUUCCAAAUGAGUUAUAGCACCCAUUAUGUGUUUAAUAACCACUCCUCAGGAGUUUAGUAUAGCUCAUAUAUAUCCAAUUAUACAGGUGUAAAUUGUCUUGAAUGAUUCUUUAAAUGGUACAUUUAAGGCUCACAUCAGAGAUUAACCAGACAAUCCAUAGAAACCUAAAAAGUUCACCACGUUUGUAUGCCAUAAGCAUGUUUAUUUCCUCUUGUAAUACGACUUUAAUCCUUAAACAUUUUUUCCACUCACAAUGGACAGGCUCACAUCACAAUAAAACGUCGACAAAAUAGCCCUUAGGCAGCCCUGUCAUUUCAGACCAAACACCAUAUAAAUCCAGCCACACAGGCCUAAAUCAUGAAGUUCCACAACUCCACACAAAAGAUAAACUACAUUUCUAAAAGUAUAUGGCCACCCCUCCUAAGUAGUGCUUUGGCUAUUUUAUUUGCACCCAUUGCUAAUGGGUACAUAAAAUCAAGCAUACAGCAAUGCAACAAACAUUGACAGUAGAAUCGGUUGUACUGAAGAGCUGAAGAUGCCACCUUUCCAACCAAUCAUUUUGUCAAAUUUCAGCCCUGCUAGAGCUGCCCCAGUCAAGUACUGUUAUUUUGUAGUGGAAACAUAUAAGAGCAAUAACAGCCCAGCCGUGAAGCAGUAGGCUACCCAAGUUCACAGAAUGGCACCACCGAGUAAAAACCUGUCCUCGUUGCAACACUCACUACAGAGUUCCAACCUACCUCUGGAAACGUCAGCACAAGAACUGUUUGUCAAGAGCUUCAUGAAAUGGGUUUCCAUGGCCGAGCAGUCAUACACAAGCCUAAGAUCACCAUGCACAGUGCCAGGUGUCGGCUGGGCUGAUGUAAAUCACACCGCCAUUGGACUCUGGUGCAGUAGAAACAAGUUCUCUGGAGUGAUGAAUCACGCUUUACUAUCUGGCUGUUUCACGGAUGAAUCUGUGUAUGGUGGAAUUUAUACUGUAGCUCCCACUGUAAAGUUUGAUGGAGGAGGAAUAAUGGCCUGGGGCUGUUUUUCAUAGUUUGGCCUAGGCCCCUAAGUUCCAUGAAGGGAAAUCUAUAUACUACAGCAUACAAUGACAUUCUACAGAAUUGUGUACUUCCUACUUUGUGGAAACGGUUUGGGGAAGGCCCUUUCCUGUUUCAGCAUGAAAAUACCCCUGUGCACAAAGCAAGGUCCUUAAAGAAACGAGUUUGGUGGGGAAGAACUUGACUGACCUGCACAGAGCCCUGACCUCUACCCCAUCUAACAGGUUCAUGUUUGUUCCUUAAUUUAGAAAUAAAAAUCUUCUACAUAAUUACAAAGGGAGGUUGACAUAAAUAUCUUCAAUUAUUCAACAUACUGAUGGCACAAAGUUGGCAACAUUUUAAGCUCUUUGGUGUGGUACAGAUGCUUAGUUAUUAAAUACAGGCCUGUUUUCUCCAGUAUGUUUGUUUAAUGAGCUGUGCCUUUCUGCAUCUCACCAGUUCAGCUCAAUUGUCUUUUAAAUGAUAAAGGAAGUUUUCCAA